AUGAUGUUGAGCAGAGUAGUGAGGAUAGUCUCCAGGAGGGCCUUCCGUUCAAACAUUCCACUUUUGAUGGCAACUGCGCCUCCAAAACUGGUUUUGAAAGACAAGGAUAGGCCAUUGAGGGUUGAGAGAGAUUUACCAAAUCCAUAUAAAGAUAGAAAUAGGAGGAGAGUCGAGUUCCUGGGAUUUUCAGUUGCCAUUAUUGCAGCGCUAGCUCUUAUUUUUAACUACGAGAAGACAGAAUCACCUAUUGUUUCUAAUACCCUUUAUCAUCUACGUAGGUCGCCAGCCAUUACUGACUUGCUGGGUGAGAAUAUCGAAUUUGACGGAAUAAUGCCAUGGGUUUUUGGAGAGCUUAAUCAGGUCGCUGGCAAGGUAAAUAUUAAAUUUUACAUAAAGGGAAGUAAAGGUGUUUCUGGCGUUGUCAAGCUAGUUGCCGGAAGGGAGGCUCGCCAAGAUGAAUUCUUGAUUCAAGAAUGGAGUUUAACAACCAAGGAUAAAAAAAUUGAUCUGCUCUCUGAAAACGAAAUCAGGACCUUAUAG